AUGAAGGUCCCUUUCUUGGAAUCAAAAAACCAUGAGAUUGCCACCAUUAUGGGACAGAAGAGAGUUAACCAACUGGGCGGCCAUUACAUCAAUGGAAAACCCCUGCCCAACGCGAUGAGGAUAGCCAUUGUCAACAUGCACAAUCAAGGGAUCAAGUAGGUUUUUAAGACAAAUUUCAUAAGGAAUGUUCGAAAAAUUUUAAAAAUAUUUUACUUUUAAUUGAUUAAAUUUGUUUUAAAAGGCAAAAAACCUCUAUAUUAACACCUUUUACGUAAAAAGUAUUAAAAUUGUGAAAUUUUCAAACUUCAAAAUAUUAAAAUAUUUUAAAAACUUUCAAAAGUAAUAUUCUUCUACUUUUAGACCCUGUGUCAUCAGCCGCCAACUGAAGAUUUCUCAUGGAGCCGUGUCAAAGAUUCUAAACCGCUUCAACGAAACAGGCUCGGUCGCACCCGGACAGGUAAGAACUUUUUGAAAUUCGAAGCACAAUAAGUCUCCCAUGGGGAGGUGACAAAUGAGAAUGUCACGGCCUUAAUGUCAUUUCUUACUGUCUUUCAGAUUGGCGGUAACACCCGAAAACGGCUAAUUGUUCAAAGCGUGGAGCGACAAAUCCUCGAGUUCAAGGAGAACAACCCCAACUGUUCGGCCGUCGACAUCCAACAGCACCUGGUGAGUACCGGAAACUGUACCCGGGACACGGCACCCACUGUCAACUCGAUAACACGAUACUUGAGGGCGCGUGGCUUGUCACGACAAUCACGGUCGCCAGCCGAAAGCGAAGUGACGAGUCCAAUGAAUUGCGACAAAAAGCUCAACCAUUCCAUCGACAACAUUCUGGGAUCUGCUAAUCAUCAACCAGGUGAGUCAACGGAACAAACAGACUAAUUUCAAAAAUUUUAAAAGAUUUUUGUUUAUUGAGAAGUCAGACUCAUAUAGGUGUAAGUGUUAGGAGUUUACUGUAGUAACUAGUAAGCUGUAAGACAAUUUGCUAAAGAUACGCUGUAAGCCUAACUACAGUUUCUCCAAACGCAGUAGCAAAAACAUUUACUGUAACUUAUCUGUAAAAACGUGCUACAAUACCGGUUGAUAUCCUGUAAUUAGAUCGCUCCCUUAAUUGACUCUAAUUAGCCUAUUAGGUAACAAGGCGAUAUUAAGUUUUGUUUGACGAGAUUACAGUAUGAUCAUGUCAAAUGCCAUCUGCCGUUUUUGUCGCCGAAUGUGCGCGAUUGCGUCGACUUAAUCCCGGAAGUCGGCGUUCAACAAGAAAAAUGACUUUGCCUUGUAGCCAGCUUAUUCCUAUGCAAAUAUUGCCCUAUUGCACAACAAUAUUCUCGGAUUGGCCUCGAAGAGGCGAGAUUCCUUUUCGAGUCAACUAGCUAGGCCACUUAACCUGAUAACCAAUGUUAAUGAGACGGCGGCUGACCGAGCUCAAGCAGCGAUGUCCAACUAGGUGUCAAAUCAGUUGACAGGCGGUGGCUUUGCGGUAAACCUUUUAAGGCUAGAUUAGAUCGUGUCUAACCCCCGCGUGGCUUGUAACCUAUCCUGAUGCCGCUAGCUGAUCUGACCAAACUUUAUGACACUCAUUAGUCUCCAUGACACUUUAUGGCUCAAUUCGGCAAACUUUUUUGAAAGUUAUCUAUACUAUCCUAGACUUAACUGAUAAGGCAAAGAUGACAUUAAAACAAUAAUAUAUACAUUUUAAUAACGUAAUUACUACAAAACAAGUUAAUUUAAAGUUUUUUUAGACUUGAGAUUGGAAUCCCCAACAAGCUCCAGUGGCUCCAGAAGCCGAACCAACUUCUGCCAAGAACAAAUUGACGUACUGGAGAAGUCGUACGCCAAAAGUUCUUAUCCUAGUGCUGAGGAGAAAGAGGAAAUCAGCCGUCUGACUGGACUGAGCCAGGAAAAGAUCGGGGUAAGUUACUAUAAAGCUCUAGCUUUACCGCAGUUAGCACUAAACUUAUACAAGCCCAUUAAAAUCGGAAUAUCAGUACUGUAAAAACACUAAAGUAAAUAUUUUUUUUUACCUUAAGUUAUAUAUCUAGUAAACCAUAACGUUUCAGGUAUGGUUCAGCAACCGUCGCGCGCGCCUUCGCAAAAUCCUAACCACCACCACUGCCCCUCCAGACCCGACCAACUACUUCAAGUUCAACCCCCAACUUCUACAACAGUUUCUGCAACUUCAGAACCCCAACCUGACGCCACUUAUGCAAUUCUCGCCUUUAAUGCGAUUCCCCGCAUUAAUGCCAUUCCCACAGAACUCGCUUUACCCCAUACCCAAUAACUUAUUCUUAAACGGACUUCAGAACAGUACUACCUAA